GCGUGGAAAGGGGCGUGGCCAUCCCGGCCUCCCCGCUCACCUCCCUUCCUCCGUCCCUCCCUCCGCGCCUGCCCGGAAGCGGCCGGGGCGUGGCGGCGGCCAUGGCGAUGGCGGAGAAGUUCGACUCGCUGGAGGAGCACCUGGAGAAGUUCGUGGAGAACAUCCGGCAGCUCGGCAUUAUCGUCAGCGACUUCCAGCCCAGCAGCCAGGCUGGCCUCAACCAGAAACUGAAUUUCAUGGUGACGGGCUUGCAGGACAUCGACAAGUGCCGGCAGCAGCUGCACGAUAUCAGCGUGCCCCUGGAAGUGUUUGAAUACAUCGAUCAAGGCCGCAAUCCUCAGCUUUACACUAAAGAGUGUCUGGAGCGAGCUUUGGCUAAAAAUGAGCAAGUAAAAGGAAAAAUUGACACAAUGAAGAAAUUUAAAAGUCUGUUAAUUCAAGAACUAACAAAGGUGUUCCCAGAAGACAUGGCAAAGUACAAAGCUAUUCGAGGAGAAGAUCCUCCUCCUUAAGAUGGCCUUUGAUAGCUCUAAAAUUGUCAAUUCCAUGAACUGACACCACUCUAUAUUGGAGAGAGGGAGAAUCCGAGCUGUUGUAACAACUGUACUAAAAAUGGCAGUGAUGGACUGUGAAGGAGCUUAAUGAUUGCUGAUGGCUCUGGUCUGAAGCUACUGAAUCUUUCUGAAGACUUUUACUCAAAGAUUGCCAUUGAAACUUCCUGUGGUAAUCUGUUCUUCAUUCCUGAAAGGUUUUGGAGGUGUCAUUGCCUACUGGGCAUUGCUACAUAGCACUUCCCACAAAGUACAUGUCCAGAGCAGAAAAUCAUGGGUUUUGUCUUCUGAAAAAUGUGCUUGAGCAUUGUGGCUUCAACUGUUUAAAAGAUAAGUGUAUUUACUAUAUUUGACUAUCCUUUAUGUGUAAACUGCUUUGUUUUUUAUUACAGUACAUUCUUUCAUCUUACCAAAUUCUGCUGAACAGGAGCCUGUCAAGGGCUGUGGUUCUCCUGUGUCAUAACGAAUUGCAGCUAAGAAACCCUUCAGAUAUUCUUGUUUUGUUCUAUGUGCUGCAGUUCAGGUGGCUGAGAAUAUAGAAAGUGAGCAUAUUCGAGGACUAGCUCCUGAACAAUGUUACUAUUUUGUAUAGUAUUUAAUGUAAGCUUUUGCUUGAUUCUGUUUUCUGUAAGCAGGUUGUUGAAUAAAUAAAUUGAAAAAAAUCUAAAUUCUGA